AGGGUCCGUCCCUGAGGAAAUGUAUCGUUGGUACACAAGGACGUAGGAGGGAACCCACCUUACCAACUGACCGUAUAGAGUAGUUGAAGAGUGCGCUGUGAAUUAUGUUGCAAUGUAAGACUAAACACCUGACCAGGCUACUCAUACUAUUAGGCAUCGCGGCCGUGUUGAUCGGAGCACGCUCCCGCUCUCGCCAUCGCACGAGUUACGCUUCCAUGGGAUACGGUCACUCGUCACGUCGCGGCCCGAGUUACACGCCUCUCAACCGAUACCACCCUCUCAAGCGCUCGCCGCUGAAUAACAACCCCGGCGAUCACGGCUACCCAGAUAGGGCCGCCACCGUUCAGCAGGUGUGCGUGUUCACACCUUUGUACGGCUCGGGCUAUCAGCCGUUCAGCGUGCUGAACCGUUACCAUGGCACACACGGAUCGCCGUUCAACGGAAACCCGGGCGAUCACGCAUUCCCCACUGGAUUUUCUCUUCCAUACGCGCCAUCUGGAUUGUCCUACUCAAGCGGAUACGGAGGCGGCCAUCGCGGUGGAUACAAUCCCAUGAUCCUCUACUGUGCCACUACUCCUGCUCCGUAGGAAGCGAGCACUCAGCGCGCGUUGUACCGAUAGAAGCCAAAUUUAUUAUUAAAUAUGAUUGACAAUCCUACGCUUAGAAUAGAUUGAAAGAUAUAUUGAUUAAAAUCGACAUCUGCUAUCUAUAUAUCCAAUAAUUCAACUUUAAAAUGUCUAAUUAAUUUAGUUUUGUUGUGAGCGUUAUAGUUUCGUGCUGGUGCGCGCGCGCGUGCGUGUGUGCGUGCGUGCGCGUGUGUGUGCGUGCGUGCGUGCGUGCGUGCGUGCG